AUGGGACAAAUUCUAUCCAAUCCAGUCAUUGAUAAAGAACAUCAUUCUGGUACAGAUCUUCUCACUGCAUUUGGUCUUUGUGCCAUGCAAGGGUGGCGUAUGUCGAUGGAGGAUUCACAUAUUGUGGAACCCAAUGUGAUGGCAAGUUCCGAUAAAGAUCAUGUGGCCUUUUAUAGUGUCUUUGAUGGACAUGGUGGGUCAGGAGUUGCGGAAUACUGUGGUGCUAGAGUUGCUUCCAUCUUACAAGAACAAGAGUCGUUUAAGAAGGGUAAUCUUACGCAGGCAUUGAUCGAUACUUAUUUGAAUACUGAUGAGGCAUUAUUGAAGGAUCCCGUGUUGAGAAAUGAUCAUAGUGGGUGUACUGCUACUUCUAUAAUCAUAUCGAAGUUGCAAAAAUUAUUAAUUUGUGCUAAUUCAGGGGACAGUAGAACUGUGCUUUCAACAAAGGGUUUUGCCAAGGCUUUAUCUUAUGAUCAUAAACCCACUUUGGCAAGUGAAAAAUCUCGUAUUAUUGCUGCUGAGGGGUUUGUGGAAAUGGAUCGUGUUAAUGGUAAUUUAGCCUUAUCAAGAGCUCUUGGUGAUUUUGAAUUUAAAAAUAAUAAGAAAUUAGGUCCUCAUGAACAAAUUGUCACUUGUGUUCCAGAUAUAUUAGCUCACGAAUUAAAUUAUGAAGAGGAUGAGUUUGUCAUUCUUGCCUGUGAUGGUAUUUGGGAUUGUUUAUCAUCUCAAGAAUGUGUUGAUUUAGUUCAUUAUGGUAUCAGCCAAGGUGAUAUGUCAUUAAAUGAUAUUUCAUCACGUAUUAUUGAUGUUUGUUGUUCUCCAACGACGGAAGGUACGGGUAUAGGUUGUGAUAAUAUGAGUAUUGUCAUUGUAGCGUUACUAAAGGAUGGUGAAUCUAUAGAUAGUUGGUUCACACGUAUAAGAGGCAAGAAUUAUUCCAAACCUAUUUCAUUUGCCCUAAAGAGAAGAGUUAUCUAUAAUUAUUUUGAAUUCCCCGCAGAUGAUUCCUCUGUGUUUGAUAUAACCACUAAGAAACCACAAGAUCGUUUUAAUCAAGAUUCCAAUCAUGAAUAUGGUGAUGAUAGUAUGGAUGUGGAUGAAACGGAUGUGGAUGCAGAUGGUGAACCAGGCAACUCCAAACGUGUUGGUACGACAGGUCGUAGUGCUCCAGUAGAUUUAUUCUCUUUAGAAGCUUUAUUAGGAGCCGGUAUUCAAGUAACCCCUGGUCCAGACAAUGUAUCCUACAUUGCUGGCUCUGCUCUUUCUGAAGUAUUGAAUUCUCUAAAUAGAGCUGCUCAUACUGAAACUGGUGCGCGUGCUACUGCUACUACUGCGGAGGCUAAAGACCUGCAAGAAGAAGAUACGGAAAGUAGUCCGAUUGAGGAUGAGAAGAUUAAAGAAAUAGAAUAA